AGGGAGCUUGCACGUGUAUGCCAGAACAUUCUGAGUCAUCUGACAGAAGAGAGUGUAUAGUUAACCCUUCUGCGCCUGAUGAGUACCGAGCUUGUGCCAGUUCCCCCUGCCGUGAAGCCAGCACCUGCGUAGACCUUCCAGGAUCAACGUUUGCGUGUAUGUGUGGCCCCAACUUUACAGGUGUAUUUUGUGAAAUAGAAAUAAGUGGAAGAUUCACAACCCCAGCGUUUUAUGGACGUUCCUACGUAAGACUGAAACCGCUCAAGGCCUACUACAAGCUCAGCGUGGAAAUCGAAUUCAAAUCCUACAAUGAAGACGGAAUUUUACUCUACAAUCAACAAAAAGCAGAUGGCCUAGGUGACUACGUGUCACUUGCAAUCAUCAAGGGCUUCGUUGAAUUCAGAUACGACCUUGGGAGUGGCCCUGCUGUAAUUAGAUCACUGGAGAAGGUCGAAACAGGAAAAUUCCACAAAAUUGUGAUCAAGAGGUAUCACAGAGAUGGAAUGCUCAAAGUAGACGAUGGAGAAGACAUGGGUGGACAAGCGUCAGGACAUAGCAAAGCUCUGGAUCUGCAAGAAGAUACCUUUAUUGGAUACAUCCCUACUAAUCAUUCAAGGAUAUACGAAAACAUCGGCACAGACAAAGGGCUGCAGGGUUGCAUAAGGAAGCUGAAACUCGGACGGCAAGAAGUCGGCUUAAACAUCCACCAAAGCGACUGGGUGUUGAAGACGGAGGGCAUUUACGACUGCAGCCAGCACGCCUGUACGGCCACCCCUUGCCGGAACAAAGGGCGAUGUUUCGAGAUGGGCGACCUGUUCACUUGUGCCUGCGCCCCUCAUUACCAGGGGGAUGUUUGCGAAAAAACGGAUGAUCCCUGCGCCUCUAACCCUUGUCACUACCGGUCUAAGUGCAGGCCUCACUUGGGGUCCUUCCUUUGCGAUUGUUUGCCGGGGACUUUCGGGAAGAACUGCGAAAUAGAAUACAAGAAUGUUGGAAUAUUGACUCCUGAGUUCAAUGGGAGCAGUUACAUCCAGUUCCCUCGAUUGGAAGGCAUCAAAAAGACGUUCUCCGUUGAAGUUUCGUUCAUGCCAAAGGCACCUAAUGGCCUAAUAUUCUACAGCGGACAAAUGAAAAAUGGAAAAGGUGAUUUCGUCUCAUUGAAUCUCGCCCGAGGACACCUGCAAUUCAGAUUCAACCUGGGCAGCGGAAUCGCCAAUAUCACAAGCCGCGAAUCAUUGACCUUGAACAAAUGGCACUGGGUCCGGGUGUAUCGAGAAGGACGAGAGGGCAUUUUGCAAGUGGACAAUGCCAGCAUAGUUCGUGGUUACUCUGGCACACCCCUAACCGAGCUCAACUUGCAAACUCCCUUCUUCAUUGGAUCUUUAUCAAACUGGAAGCAAAUCCAUCGUCUGUCAGGUGCGACGAAAGGCUUCAAGGGUGCCAUCCAGAGGGUGAUACUGAAUGGACAUUUGCUCCCGAUAUCGACCUCUCUGCCGGACUGUAACCUGCGGACAUCGUUCAACAGCACGGGCUGUGGGGCCAAUAUCGGAUAUUACGAUGGUUUACCCUGCUCCAUGUCUAAGAAUCCCUGUCAAAACAACGGGGUGUGCAUCCCCGAUCUCGAGGAUUUCACUUGCAAAUGCCCUUCGAAUUUCAAAGGAAAAUACUGCGAGAUGGUUGAUGAAGACAAUCUAGCACUGAAGUUCAGUGGUAUGACGUUCCUUCAGUACAGAAACAGGGGCUAUCGAAGAAGGAAACCAGAGAGAGGCAACAGAUAUGAGCUUAGGAUCCGAACAUUUAUAACUGACGGUCUGUUGCUAUGGAGAAGUAAAAACAGAAACAUCGCUGAGGAUUAUCUCUCCGUGGCAAUUGUUGACGGUUACCCUGAGUUCAGCUUCAACCUAGGAUUGAGGAAUACCUUCUGGGCAAUCAGAUCAAAAAUUAGGGUAGACGAUGGAGAGUGGCAUACAAUUCAAGUAAGGAGAAGGAAGAGGGUUGGAUUCAUUUCAGUCGAUGGACAUCCCUCUAUAAAGGGAAUCGCUAGAACUGGUGCUAUAUCGCUUAGGACAAAUUCAAAACUUUGGAUUGGUGGUACGUCGGUGCUGCCUCCUGGUCUGCCAAGUGCGUACUACAAAGGCUUCGAUGGAUGCAUCAAACAGAUAUUAGUGAACGCUAAGCCGCUCGAUUUGUUAGCUAACAAUGAUUUAAGUAACAUUCAUUUCUGUCAUGAUAAUGAAAUCUAAAUGUAAUCGGAUGUUUGUACUUAAAACUAAAGAUUUCAAACUGUGAGACUGAUAUUGUACUCCUGACUUUUCCAAUUUUAAAAUUUAGCUUAGUUGUCCCGGCAUCGCUGUACAUAGUCAUAUGUUGAGGAAAAUGCGCAAAAUUCUUAAUCUCUGAGUGCUAACAGAACUGAUCGAAAAAUGCAAGCGUUUCUAGAAGCGACGUUGUCAAAGCUACUGGAAAUACCAAACAGCCUAGUUACGAUAAAAAACAUAAAAGGUUUUCGAUCCAUCAAGUCCCCGAAUUCUCGUCAAAUAUUUGAAAACCACCCCAUCGAUAUGGCUACUAGUCAGUUGUCAAUGUCAACGUUUCACUGAUCGGAUUGACAUCCUGACUUUUGACUUGACAUGUUUCAUUUUUGACGUCUGACUUAGGUGUAAAUUGUCAAAUGUCAUUAAUUCUGAUUGUUAAAAGUGCCCUGAAAAUGCCAAACUAAAGAUGUUCCGAUCCACAAAAAGUAUCGAUACCAUCUAUCGAUUCGUAUCGUUUUAGGAAGUAUCGAUACUCUAAAAUAUCGGAAUAAAAAUACCACAAGUAUCGAACCUUUCGAUACGGAACACACACUACCGAAAAUCGAAAUUGUUUUUUCUACAACUCUCAAAAUAAUGUUUACUCUUUUCAACUGCAUGACUAAUAUGUUCAGUAAUAAGAACGUGUAAGAACCUCACAAUUGCAUAACUUACAUCUCCGACCUAAUUCGAUUUUACAAUAGGUCCCCAAAUCACUUCUUACAGGAGGCAACUUCUCCAAAAAAUACCAUUUAUUUUUUGUUACCAUAGGUUUACAAUUUGUCAGGUAUUCUUCGAUCUCAAAAUAUUUUUUUGAGCGACAUAUUUUUGAUAUCUCGCGAAAUACCCCAAAAGGUAGAAGGAUUUGUUUCGAGUUAAAAGACAAAUAUAUACAUAACAAGUACAUUAUGUAAUGUCAUUGAUAAAAUUUUAUAUAAUAAUCACCUCUCCAGUAAAAUAUGUUUGCCCAAAAAUCCCCAGAAAAAUAUCCCCAAAAUCUUCUCCACUGAAAUAAAAGUUCUCUGAUUUUUGGGGAAAACCCCCUAAUGUGGCAACCCUGGAAUCCAAAAUAAAUUAUGUGAGGUCGAGAAAGGAAACAAAGAAGAAAAGUAAUCUGAAAUUCGUCACUCUUUCUGACACAAUCCGGAUCGAAAGAUGUAUCGAUACACCCAAGUAUCGUAUAAAAAAAUAUCGAUCCAAAAUAUCGGGUAUCGCGAGCAAAAGUAUCGAUACUCCCAAAUAUCGGAUCGAAUAGAACAUCUCUAUGCCAAACGUGA